GAAUGAACGACCAUCUUCCGUCCAAUGGUCUCACUACAGGACACUGGGAACAUAUCUAUGAACUUUGUUGCGAUUUCCACCAUCUAACCUUUUAGCUAGUACAUGGCUCAGACUGAAGAAAAACUCGAAUUCUUCCCUCCGAUCGCAGACGUUGUCGAUAAAACCGAUGCCGGAGAUGAAGAAGAUAUCAGCGCUAGACCACUCGAAGAGAUCGAGUCUCUUUGCAUGCAGUGUGGGGAGCAGGGAGUGACCCGAAUGAUGCUCACGUCCAUCCCGUUCUUCCGGGAAGUCAUUGUGAUGAGUUUCCGCUGCGAACAUUGCGGCCACUCAAACAACGAGAUUCAGUCGGCGGGGAAGAUCAGACCCGAAGGUACUAUGUACACAGUAAAAGUCCUUAAUCGCGGUGAUCUCGACCGCCAGCUCAUCCGCUCAGAAGCUUGUACGAUCAACAUCCCUGAAUUUCAACUCGUCCUUCCGCCCUCCCGUGGACACUUCACAACUGUUGAGGGUCUUCUCAGGGACAUCGUUGCGGAUCUCAGCGUACAGCAGCCGCUUAGACGCAUCCAAGACGAGACUGCAUACGCCAAGAUCCGGGGAAUCAUUGAUGGCCUUAUGGAGAUCAUUGAUGAUGACAAAGAGGAAGGCGAAGAAGGGCAGGACAAGCCAGAGAAGAGAGACCUUUCGAAAGAGGACUCAGUCACACGUGCAAUAACCAUUACUUUAGACGAUCCAUCUGGGAAUUCGUUCCUCGAGUUCGUGGGCAGCAUGUCCGAUCUGAAGUGGAACAUGCGCACAUACGAGCGUUCGCUUGAGCAGAAUCGGCAGCUUGGAUUGGCACCUCCUGCAGAAGACAAUGAAGAAAAUGUGGCAGAUGAGGCAGAACAGCAAUCAGGGGGUAUGAACGAGGAAGUUUUCGAGUUCCCUGGUGUCUGCUCGCGCUGCAGCCGACCUCUCGUCACGCGCAUGAAAAAAGUUUCUAUCCCUUAUUUUAAGGACACAAUUAUAAUGUCAACCAACUGUGACGACUGUGGAUAUCGGGACAAUGAGAUUAAGUCAGGGACUGCAAUUUCUGAGCUUGGCAAGAGGAUCACGUUAAAGGUAGAAGAUAGAGACGACCUGAGCCGCGACAUACUUAAAAGUGACACGAGCGGUCUCAGCAUACCAGAGAUAGAUCUCGAUCUUCACCCCGGCACACUAGGUGGACGUUUUACGACUCUCAUCAGGAAAACCACGGAUUGGUUUUUAUGACUUAAUAGUGACUUAUGAUGAAUUUAAGAGACCCAAAGUGAAGAUUAAGAGUCAAGGGUGAAAAGUUGCAAAAAGGCCACUCGUCCUCUGAUUUCGACUUAAAUUUGCUUAAUACUCACUUGAUGGCCUAUUUUUCGG